AUGACUCCUCAAGACCGCCUGAACCAGGUCUCCGCGCACCUCAACUACCCCCAAGGCAUGCUUGCUGGUCAAGUAGCCAUUAUAACCGGGUCGGGACAGGGCAUAGGGGCAGAGGCUGCUAGGCUCUUCGCCAACGAGGGCGCCAAAGUUGUCGUCGCUGACCUUGACAGCUCCAAGGCCGAGGCCGUUGCCAAAGCCAUCAAUGAUGCAUCUCCUGGCAGAGCAAUUGCCGUUGCAGGAGACGUACAGGAUGGAGCGUACCUGAAGAGACUCGUACAAAGGGCCGCUGAGUUCGGAAACGGAAAGAUCCAUAUCAUCGUGAACAAUGCUGGAUUCACCUGGGACGGAGUCAUCCACAAGCUUACUGAGAAGCAAUGGGAUACCAUCAUUGCAGUCCAUGCCACUGCCCCUUUCAAACUCGUUCAAGCUGCAGCUCCAUACUUCCGGGUAAAGGACGGUGAACCAAGAAUAAUUGUGAACAUCAGCAGCACCAGUGGAAUCCAUGGAAACGCGUAUGUCACAAUCAUCCCCUUCCCAGUUUCUCACUGA